UUGUAUCCUGCAGUCGCCAUUUUGUUUAGUCCGUGUCCGGCUGCUACAGAAAACGAAGAGGGACGGCUUUUCUCCUACAUUACACAGCUUUUAUUAUCUUUUUUAAAUCGGAAACCGGUAAUUAACACCACAUGUUGACACAAUACAUUUCUGGUACAUGGUAGUGUUUAAAUGUCAAACGCGAGUACGAGGGUAAUUGUCAAAUAAAAACUCUCUUAACAUUUUGCUAACGAUAUGGUCGCGAGACACUGGUAGUUUAGGUAGGCCGCUGCUCAGCGUAAAUAACUUUAAACCUCACGAACAUACACUCUUGAACGUAGAAAGUCGUUUUAUCGUUACACGUUAUCUAGUUAACACAAUUUCUAUCGUUUACCGGAUAGUUCAUGUCCUUCGCUGCUGGGAACCGCUUGUAGAUCACCUCAGCUAGCUUUGGGCUGCUUACUAUUGUUCCACAGACUCCAUAUCCUCACGAAGACAGCCCACCAGCAGUGUGCUCAAGAGGGAGGCAAACUUCUCAGCCACCUCAGGGAGACUGUCAGUCCUGAAGAGAACCAUCCACCGCGUUUAAAGUAAAGGUCUAAGUUGGAGACGAAUACCAGUGUUGAUAUGACCAACCAUGGAGAUGACUGCUACUUCUUUUACUAUUCCACCUGCACUAAAGGAGACAGCUGCCCAUUCAGACACUGUGAGGCAGCCAUGGGCAAUGAAACAGUCUGCAAUCUUUGGCAGGAAGGGCGCUGCUUUCGCACCAUUUGCAAGUUUCGACACAUGGAAAUCACAAAAAACCGAAAGGAGAUACCUUGUUAUUGGGAGAAACAGCCUGCUGGCUGCCAGAAAUCACACUGUGCCUUCCUCCAUGAAAGGCCCCGCUACAUAGAGGGCAUGUUUGUCCCACCUGAUAAAGGUCUUUGCAAGAAUGAGGAGCAGCCACUUGAGGAAACAGCUCUCCCACCAACUGCCCCUCUGGCAACUGCAGCUAACCCCCAGCUCAGAGGGGUCAUUAAGACCGAAAGUCAGGAGCCUGUUCCAAGCCCCACUCACCCACCAGUGGUGAUUAAUCCAGCAGAUGAUGAUGAGGAUGAAGAUGACCUUUUCUCAGAGGAGGGAGAUGAUGGCAGGGGCGGCUCUUCUCAUCGAAAGCUACCCAAACUAGAUGACUCACUGAAUUUUGGAGUCAGCACCCUGGAGGAGAUCAGACUCAGGAAGGCACUGAAGACCAGCAUGAAGAGAGCAGGUUACCCCAUCCAGAGUUCUGAUACCUUGGCCAACGGAGAGAAAGAAAACAUCCAGUCAUUAUGUCGUCCAGCCCUCUAUGAGGCCAGAGAUGGCCCACUUGUCUUUGAAGAAACUGGGAGAUCAAGAGGGACUGUGGCUGAAAGGCUCGGAAGGAAGAUGCCAAUUAUCAAUGAAAAAAGUGGAGGCGGUGUCCAGCUGAAAAGGAGUCUGAAUGACCGUCUGGGCAGAGUUGUGGAUGAGGAAGAGACAUUAAUGUCCCCACAGAAAGUUUUUAAACCUAUUAAGGAAAGACUUGGAUCAAGUACUGCUCUUGUUGCACUCACUGACCCAGCUGAGACCAACACAGAAUCUAAGAAAGCUCCUGAGCAGAUUCGCAUCAAAACUCUGGAGGAGAUCAAACAGGAGAAGGCAGCGAAGUCUCAGUCUAAGAGCCAGAACGAUGGUCCUUCUAUUGUGGGUCCAGAGAGCACCAAAACCAAUAAGGGUGUUAAGCGAGCCAUCGCUGUUAAAGAUGUCAAAAUAGUCUCAGAGAUACCCCGAGCCAAGAGGACAAGGCAGGAGGAGCAGAACACCAGCCCAAAGAAGGCAAAGAACACAGGCAACAGCCAAGCACAGACAAACGCAGCUGGGCCCUGUCCUGAGGCUGCAAACAUAGAGGAAGUUCGAGUAAAGACCCUGGAGGAGAUCCGUAGGGAGAAGGCAGCAAGGAUACAGGCUCAACAGGCUGAAAACAAGAGGAGCCCUGAUACUGAGGACAAUGGCGACAAGAUACCUUGCCUACUGAACAUCAACGAAACGACUUCCCAAACAGGCAGUAUCACAACACAGAAGAGAGCUGAGGUUACAGCUCAAACUGCUGCUCCUGAGACCAAUGUUAAGGUCAAGACCUUCGAGGAGAUCAUGCGCGAGAAACGCCUUCGCAGGCAGGAAAUGGAGGAGCAGGACAAAACCUCAGCUAAAGCAAGUAAUUUGAUCCCCCUCAAAUCCAAGGCUGCAUCACCUCUCAACAGCACUACUUCUGGUACAAGAGUUGCAGCUGUGACCUCAGUCCCUGUUAAGCUGAGCUCUUCACCAAGUGAGUCCAAGUCACAGAUUCCCAGAAACUACAGGGAGGUCUCAGACAAAAACUCAAGAAACUCCACUGCACCGUCACCAGCCAAGCAGUCCAAAGCAGCUCAUCGUGAACCUGCAGAGUUCCCAGCGGUUGAUGAAACACUGAGCAAUAAUCAGAAGAAAUCUCCAGAACACACUAGAGAUGCCAAAGUGAGGCCCAAACUGAAUGUGAAGCCAUCUGUCAUGAAGCCUGCAGUGCAGGUGAAACCAGGCCAGAAGAGGAGAGGAACAGAGCGAUCUGCUGUGGCUGCUGUGAAACCUCUGAACAGUAGCUGUACAGAGGUGGAGGAGCCAAUGCAAGAGACACUAUGCCAAGAUGGACAAGUGCUACCGUCCUCCAGUGCUACUGUUCCCCCCAGUCCCAGGACCCUGCUCGACUGCAGCUCCAGCCCUCUGAGAGAAGAGCUUCAGACUGUCCCUGUUUUCCCCCCUGACCAGAGUCUGAGCCAGGAAACAAAGCCCACCAUCAGUAUUGCUACUUCAAGAGAGCCAGAUUCACUCCCCCAAAG